GCUUGCGGCAGCUUGACAAAGAACUGUCUAGAGGAAGCGGAUAAAUCGUGAAAAAACAUGCAAAAAUUGUUGAUCUUAGCCUGCCUAUUGGGCACUGUUGCUUGGGCCACUGAAGUUUACUACACGCCCGCUGCUACUGCCGCUGCAGCUUAUUAUGCACCGCUCCCCAUAGCAGUGCCUGCAGCACGCAGUGCUGCCAUUGUGCCAUUGGCCUACUCACGCAUCCAGGCAGCUGUGCCACUGCCAGCUGUAGAAACCUACAACAGCGUGCAGACACCGGAUUCUUUCCAGCAACAAUAUCGUUCUGACUACAAACCGGUCACCUAUGAAUUUAUACAUUGA